AUGGCGCCCCUUCAGCCCGGUCAACAACCGACACCAGAGCAGAUGCGCCAGAUGCAGAUGCAGAUAGCAGCAGAGGCGAGAAAGGCCGGCCUCUCCGUCCCACAGUACAUCGAACGAGUGAAGCAGCAAGCGAUGCAGCAACAUCAACAGCGCAUGCAGAUGCAGCAACAAAUGCAGCAGCAGCAACAAGCGGCACAGAGUCAAGGCCAGCCCGGUGGUGCACAACCCGGCCAGCAAGUACCCAUCCAACCCGGGCCACCCAAACCAGAAGCAUUAGCUGUUGCAAAGUUCCUACGAGGCCAAAAUCUCAAGCUAAGAACGUGCAUUUUUCAGGAGAAGCGGAAAGACAUGUUCAAGGUCAAGCGUGCAAUCCGAGCUCUACAUUCUCCCGCAUAUGAGAAGGCACGCAAGAAGAAUCCUCUUCUACCGGAAGUGAAGGACCGAGUCACGGCAGAAAACACGUUCAAGUUGCUACCAAUGUCAUUACUCGCGCUCCGUGUCAGCAAGAUUGACCCACAUGAAGGCCACAAUCAUGCGAAGAAGAAGCGCGUCAAAGGCUUGUGGACCGUAAAGGUAGAGCCUCAGCAGGAGGCCAGCGAUGAAUACUACUACGUCUGGCUCUAUGAAGGCUCGCAGUGGAAGAACAAGCUCUACGCCGUGCUUGCACUCCUUGGCAUUCUCACGGUGGUCUUCUUCCCUGUCUGGCCUUACUAUCUACGUCUCGGAGUCUGGUACCUGAGUAUGGCUAUGCUAGGACUGCUCGGUCUAUUCUUCGCCAUGGCCAUCUUCCGGCUAAUCUUGUUCGUGGUGACGAUGUUCGCAACACCACCAGGAUUGUGGCUGUUCCCGAAUCUGUUCGAGGAUGUGGGCUUCUUUGACAGCUUCAAGCCGCUCUGGGCAUGGCACGAGGACGAGAAGGCGAUCAAGCGGAGAAAGAAGGCGGAGAGGGAACGGAAGAAGGCAAAGAGAGAAGCGCGAGGAGGCGGAAAGACGGAGGGUGGCGAAAAGGGUGAGCCGAAAUCGAGUGGCAAGGCCGCUGCGAAAUCGGAAGACACCACGGCUACUAAGACUCAGCAGCCAGCACCCCUGGAGGAUGCGCCGACCGCGGCAGCUAUCCAAGUAAGUGGUGUUGUAGCAGGAGAGCACCAGGGCUUGAGCCCGCGCGUUGAGGAGGUUGAGGACGACUGA